AUGAAAUGCUUCUUCCUCGCUGUUCUGCUAUGUAUAACUGAAGAGCUUUUCAUAAAGACAAGUCGUGGCGGCCUCUGCAAACUAACCACGGCGACAAGCAUUGAUCAGGAUCCACCCCCAGAUCGCGCUGAUAAAGAAGUCAGUUCUGCAUUAUUCGGAGGUGCUCGAAUGGCUUGUCAACUGGGUAAGCACUUCAAGGAUAAAAGUGAUCGGAUUCUCUUGGAAAUAAGUUUUCAGACCUCAUCAUUCCCAACCCUAUCGGACUCUUUUGAUGACAUUUCCACGAGGACACCAUCAGCCACUGAAAUUGGUCCUGGACCUACGUCAUUUUCCCUUCAGUCGAGUAAUGUGGAGAGAAAAUGUUGCCGAUCAAUAGCGACGACAAAUGGAGAUCUUUAUAGUAAACACCCAAAUGGAGGCCUCAGAAACUCGAGCAAUCGGAAAGGCUUUACAAAAGCUACCAGUAACGAACACAGUAAUAUUUUAAGGUCAUUCGGCGACGAUUUCGAAGACGUUAUUCCAUAUAUAGAUGGAGUCAGCCAAACGCCUUCAAUUGAAAGCUUUUGUGACGACGACAACACUCAAAAGACUGAUUCUUACCACGGCAAUAUUACUUUGAAACUGGAUGACAGGAAAGAGUUAGACGAACGACGGAUCAGUUGUCUCGAAGCAAAUGCUCAUAACACCAUAAGAGUUCGUGACGAAAUUGCGAAAAGGGCCUCGUCCCCACUUAUCAUAUUCCAUGCAGCUUCACUCUCCAUUGAUGGUCCCUUUCUGGAAGCAAAUAGACAACGUCGAUACGAAAACAAACAGGAUCGCAAGAAUAUAAGUGUCGACUGCAAACUCGUACACGCUAUAGUCACGGACAGAUGGAAGACUCGUCCAUCUCGACAAUUGGUAAAGAAAGCAUCCAGACAAAUGCGUCGUGAACACAAAGCCACUGUCACGUUAGCUGUUGUUUUAGCUGUUUUUCUCCUUUGCUGGUCACCCUUCUUCAUACUGCACCUAGCCAAUUCAAUUUGCCUUAUCAAUGCACGGGAAGAUGGAUGUAAUAUGGGAUGUUUCGCCGUUAUUUCUGUGAACGACGUG